CCAAUGAGAGGGGCGCGUUUAUAUCGGCGUUCAUCAUGGCGCCGGAGAGCGGCUGAUCGCAUUCUCUGCUCCUUAAGCGCGACAAUCGAUAACAAAUUGUAAAUAAUAACAAUUACCAGCGUCGCGAUUGGCAAACAGAAUUAGUCACGCGGUUUUAAUCGUCAUAAAUAGCGUCGUCAGUUUCAUUUUUAAACGUCGCGAGGAGCGAACAUGGUUAUGUUGAAGUUGAGCGAGCAGCCGCCUCUGAUACAAGCGAUAUUCAAUGGGGACCCCGAUGAGGUGCGGGCUCUCAUCUACAAGAAGGAAGACGUCAACGCCUUGGACUCGGAGAAAAGGACCCCCCUGCAUGCCGCGGCCUUCCUCGGUGACCCCGACAUCAUCGAGCUCCUUAUCCUCUCCGGUGCUCGAGUCAAUGCGAAGGACAACAAAUGGCUCAACCCCCUGCACCGGGCCUGUGCCUCCCGCAGCGAGGCGGCCGUCCAGAUGCUGCUGCGGCACGCGGCGGACGUGAACGCGCGCGACAAGAACUGGCAGACGCCGCUGCACGUCGCCUCCGCCAACCGCGCCAUCAAGUGCGCCGACGCGCUCAUCCCGCUGCUGAGCAACGUCAACGUGUCGGACAGAGCCGGCCGCACCGCGCUGCACCAUGCGGCGUUCAACGGGAACCUGGAGAUGGUGAACUUGCUGAUCUCCAAGGGCGCCAACGUGAAUGCGAUGGACAAGAGGGAGCGGAGAGCUGUGCACUGGGCCGGCUACAUGGGCCACACGGAGGUGGUGAAGAUGCUGCUGAGCAACGGUGCGGACGUGAACUGGAAGGACAAGAAGGGCUACACCCCACUGCACGCCGCCGCUGCCAGCGGACACGUCACCGUCGUGAGGCUGUUGCUGAGUCUCAAAGCGGAAAUGAACGAGUUCAACGGCUUCGGCAACACGGCGCUGCACGUGGCGUGCCACAACGGGCAGGACGCCGUCGUGAGCGAGCUGCUGGGCGCCGGCGCCGACGCCGGCCACCACAACGAGCGGGGCUUCACCGCGCUUCACUUCGCCGCCGCAUCCACGCACGGCGCCAUCUGCCUGGAGCUGCUGGUCAACCACCACGCGGACGUGAACGCGCAGAGCUACGAUGGAAAGAGCCCACUGCACAUGACCGCAAUUCAUGGACGAUUCACAAGAUCACAGACUCUCAUUCAGAACGGUGGUGAGAUCGACUGCGGGGACAAGGAGGGGAACACGCCGCUGCACAUCGCUGCACGCUAUGGCCACGAGCUGCUCAUCAACACCCUCAUCUCCAACGGCGCCGAUGCUGCCAGGAGGGGCAGCCACGGGAUGUUUCCGCUGCACCUGGCGGCGCUGAGCGGUUUCUCCGACUGCUGCCGCAAGCUCCUCACGCCGGGCUUUGACGUGGACGCUGUGGAUGAGUUUGGGCGAACCUGUCUUCACGCUGCCGCAGCCGGAGGAAACGCCGAGUGCAUCAACCUCCUGCUGUCCAGUGGCGCCGACCUGGGCAAGAAGGACCGCUAUGGCAGGACGGCGCUGCACUACGCGGCCGCCAGCUGCCACUACCUGUCGCUGGUGAAGCUGGUGCUGUCGGGGGCGGUGCCCAACGAGCUGGACGCGCGGGGGUGCAGCCCGCUGCACUACACCGCCGGCGCCGACCGAGACGCCAGGAAGAACAAUUUGUUGGAAAGUUGUGACGUGGAGGAAGCCGGUAGUUCGCUUGACAAAUUGCAGAAGGAUGCGCUGAUGUGCCUGGAGCACCUCCUGCAGAACGGAGCGGAGCCGGCGCUGCGCGACAAACAGGGCUACACGGCGGCGCAUUACGCCGCAGCCUUCGGGCACCGGCUGUGCCUUGAGCUUUUGCUGGACAUGGCGGGAGCGGAGUUGCUUCGCGAUCCCGACAGCCGCUCGCUCGUCAGCCCCCUGCACCUGGCCGCCUACCACGGGCACCACCAGGCGCUGGAGGUGCUGCUACGCUUCGUGGGCGAGGCGGAUAUGCGCGACGGGCACGGCCGCUCGCCCCUCGAGCUGGCGGCGGCACGGGGCCACACGGAAUGCGUCGAGACGCUGCUGGCGAACGGGGCCUGCGCCGGCGCCAGCAGCGGCACCGCCGCCAAGCGCUGCCCGCUGCACUCCGCCGCAUGUAACGGCCACGCCGAGAGCCUCCGAGUUCUGCUCGAGUGUAAGGAGGGGAUCGCGGCGGUGGACUCGCAGGACUCCGAGGGGCAGACGCCGCUGAUGCUAGCCGUCACCAACGGGCACACGGACUGCGUGCUGCUGCUGAUGGACAAGGGCGCCAACCCUGACGCCGUCGACCUCCAGAAACGCACCACUCUGCACCGCGGGGCGGCGACGGGCCACGAGGAGUGCGUGGAGGCCGUGCUGCAGCACGAGGCGAGCGUGAGCCUCCGCGACGCGCACGGCCGCACGCCGCUGCACCUGGCGUGCGCCUGCGGCCACGCCGGAGUGCUGGCGCAGCUCCUGCAGGCGCCGCGCGCCUCCCCCGCCGCGCUGCGCAGCGCCGACACGUGGGGCUACACGCCGCUCCACUGGGCCUCGUACCACGGCCACGAGGCGUGCGUGGAGCUGCUGCUGGAGCAGCUGUGCCAGAAGUUCGAGGGGAACCCCUUCACUCCGUUGCACUGCGCCGUAAUGAACGAUAACGAGAGCUGUGCGGAGAUGCUCAUUGACACCAUGGGAGCCAAGAUUGUGAUGUGCCAGGACAGCAAGGGGCGGACGCCGCUGCACGCGGCCGCCUUCGCCGACAACGUGGAGUGUGCGCAGCUGCUGCUGAGCCACGGCGCGCGCGUGGACGCCACGGACCGGCACGGCCGCACGCCGCUCAUGACAGGCGCGCUGCAGGGGCAGUCCGGCAUCGUGGAGUACCUGGUGAACAACACCAAGGGCGAUCUCUCUCUCACCGAUGAUAAAAAGAACACAGCGCUGCACCUCGCCUGCGGGAAGGGUCACGAGACGUGCGCUCUCCUCCUGCUGGAGAAGGUGGAGGUCGUUGCUCUCAUUGACUGCCCCAACCGCAACCAGCAGACGCCACUGCACUUGGCUGCGCGCAACGGCCUCUCCACCGUGGUGCAGGACCUUCUGAGCAAGGGGGCCAGCGUGUUGGCUCUCGACGAAAACGGUCACACGCCCGCCCUGGCAUGCGCCCCUAACAAAGAUGUGGCCGACUGCCUGGCCCUAAUCCUGGCCACGAUGAUGCCCCUGUGUCCGGGGCUGGGCAGCCCCGCCCUGGGCCUUGGCGCCCUGUGCCGCCGUUCGGGGAGCCUGAGCCCGCUGAAAAGCGCGCUCUACUCCGCCGCCGAGGAGACGUACAACGGCGCGGGAAUUCUCGGCGUGGCCGCGUACGCGCGUGCCGUUGGUAGCGUAGCCUGCGGCGGCGGCGGCGGUGGUGACGGCGGUGGCGUUGACUCGUACGCCGGCGCCACUGACGAUUACGAUGACAUCGUCGACUCGGACUCUGAGACGUACUGAGCGCGACGCACGCUGCCUCUGCUCUACCCACCCCCCCUACUGCUUCCCAACCACCCUCCCCCUCCUCGCGCUUUGUGAUUUACCCCGGCCGCCUCCUCCCGCGUGGACUCGACUUAAACCUCCGCCGUUCUUUCGCCGCUUCCCCCCGGGGGUCAUCGUCACGGCGCUCCGACUUUUGCCCACGGACGCCGCCGCCGCGUGAAGCGAUCGGCUCCCUGCAGCGUCGUGCGUUUAGGGACCUCCGCCCAAUUCCUUUUGGCGCACCUCCCAUGGCCGCGCUGUUUGCGACCGCUCCUGCCCCUGCUGCCCCCUGGCUCUAGGUGGCAGGCAGGAGCGAAUCCGCUGCGUUGGGCCACGUGUCGGCAAAGUCACGACGCGGCACGAUCCGACGGUAUCGACGAGCGGCGAAGACGGUGGCGACGGUGGCGGCAAACAGCGGCUGCGUCCGUGAGCCCAGCGCUGUCGCGAUGACAUUCCACUCGACGUUCAAAGAGCCGCGGCUUCUGGCCGACAGUGCUUCCCGUCGAUUUAAUUAUUUUCUUUUUUACCGGAAAUGUUUAACCGUUUUGGGUGCGUGCGGAGUUCUGGGAACGAAAUUGCCGAUUGUACCAUACGUGUGUAAAUACGAAACGGAAAAAGAGAGUGUAGAUUUAAAAACCACUAUUUAAUUAAUUCGGGCACAAGUUAGGAAAGGUACUGCGUUGUAUAUGAAAAUGAAGGAGCGGAAUUUUUUGCAGCGUUGUCGAUAUUUAUUGAUGAAAAUACGUGAAACAGGGUCUGGUGCGUACGUACGAAACUGUAGCCUCUACUCCGUUUGUGGCCAAAACUUCCCGUGCCGUGUUUAACGUGUUUCGUGGUGACGUGAAGGCCGUCUGCCGCCAAUGAAGGCUUCUUGAAACCGAACCACUGGGGUCUCGACAUAACAUAUUUAGCAAAAAGCACCAACAGAUCGAAAGGUUGGGCCGUACAACUAGAUUGGCUUUUUUUUCAGCAUCCCGCAGCCGCGCAUUGGCUAAACAUUCCAAGGUGGAAACUGGGGGACAAAAAUCAUCAUUGGCACGUGGGAGAUAGAAAAUAAAAAAAUGAAAUGAGCUGCUACUUGUGUUACCACCAUUUAUUUUAAAAAUUUGUUUCUUAGAGAACUGCUUAGAGAACUGUCUUUCCCCCGCACCUCCGUAUUCUGUGAAUCCUCCGUAUUCUGUGAUUGCCUCCCUCAUCUUUACCUGCAGUAGCACGAGCGACCUUAUCGUAGAUUGCAUCCUCCCAGCAAUUUGUAUCUUAUAAAUUAUGCAUAUUAGGGUUACGCUUACACCACAUCCUCCCCCCCCCCCCACACCUCCCUUCCACCCCCCAUGGGAACUUUUAUGAGUAUAAAAUGCCGCGUCUUGUCUUCUUUGUGCUGAAUUGUCCUUGCUUUGCAGUUACGGUUGAAGGCGUUUGCAUGAGAUGUGUGUCCCGUCUCUCUGGCCGUAAUGAAGAAAUAACCCAGGGCAAAAACGACUUUGCAAAGAUGAAAAUUAGUUUUUGUUUGCCCAAGACAUCUUAAACGUCAGCUUCCAAACAGCCUCUUCGCAUGGUUUACCCUGAGAAUUUUAUGUUGACGCGUAUCUCGUAAAUGUCUAACCGGAGAUCCGUAAUGAGGAUUUCUGCAUGAAACUUCGAUAGGACUUCUACUCUUCGUUGACAUGUACGUGAAGUAAUGUUUGCGUGUCUCAAGUUUACGGAGAGGCGAGUGUCUUUUUGUUCGUGCCGCUGCCGUGUGUGCGCUUGCUUUCCCCCUGCCCCGGGUUUGCGUUGCAUUUCUGAGCCCCCCUCCACCUCCCUCCUACCCCCCCCCCACGGAUGAUAACGCCGCUGUCGAUGGAUGUCUGACGUAGACGCCUCCGAGGCCAAGGACUGACUUGAGGCUUGAAACAAUUCGCCGCCGGAGCAGAACGGGAGCAACCUCGAAGACGCAAGAUACCUCCGCUCACGGCACUUGCCCCCAAAAGUCUGUUGAGGCUAUAUGGUGGUUCUUUGACUUUGUACGUGUGUGUGCGCGCGUGUGUGGGAUGGUUUAAAAUUUGUGUUGACGUAACUGGUACCGCAAGGAAUAACUUGAAGACGACUGUUUGCAAAUGCUCCACGUAAGCUUCCGCGUCCCACUUUAGAUCCCCGCACACGAUCAUACGUUCCUUUUAUUUACGGCGCGCAGAAAAAGAUGCUCCAUUUCACUCGCGAGUCGGAGCAGGAAGCCGCGGUGACAUCCGCACGGUGAAAGCCCACUUCAGUUCUCAAAGCCCGGCUUCUGUUGGAGACCGUUUCGGAAACGGCCUCCUGUUUACGCCUCUCAUUUGCACACCGGUUGGCGUGGGAGGGGGGGGGGGGCGGUGGGGGGUGAUUUGACUCGUAAGAGAACCGUCGCGUGGCGUCGAUGCGCCGACGGUCGGGAUGUCACGCGAACAUUUUUGAGAGCCAGAUUUUCUUUUCUUACUUUUUUUUACUUUUUUUUUAACUAAAGACAACCCAAAAAGAUCAACUGCUCAGCCCCGUUGUGGACAUGUAACUAGGCCUAUGAGCAACGCGCCCAGAAUCCGCCCGAUCUCAUCGAUUCUCGGAAGCUACAGCAGGGUUGAGCCUGGAUCGUGCUGGGAUGUUUGACCGCCAUGCGUGAUAGCUGUGCCGGGCUUAGUGGUGGUGUUGUACUCUACUGUCUAUGCUCCCGCGUCUAUCCCUCCCGUCAUUCACUGACGGGCAUGGCGUGGUAGGAUCGCACGUGCCGUGGCUAUGUACGCAAUCCGGCUGUGUCAUGGGAUGUCUGCCACGAGUUUGAAGCAUCCAUAAUGAGUAUAUAGAAAGUCGUCAAAUUCACUUUCCCGUGUGCCUCCAUAGAGGUCUCUGAAACAUCGCUGCUUCUCUUGUAAAGGACUGUACCGGGAGUGACAUCGUCAGUGCCACGAUGACUUACUUGAUCCUAAUUUAAUGAAAAAAACUAAAAUUUACGGAGCUACAAACUCCUGUCGGAUGGAUACAUCGUCAGAUAAGAGCCGUUCUCAAGUUCGUGCCGAUUGUCUCUAAACCGGAUCAGACCCCAACGUUCAACCAGACCGGGGUGGGGGGGGUGGUUACUUGACUUGUUGCGAGAAACGCCGCGUAAUUGGUGAAUGGACGCGAGUUCACGUGGCCCCCCCUGGGACACCCCUCCUUUUGACAGCCAGGAGGUUGGAUUUUAACCGUGUAAGUUUAGCGGCUAGACUCAUUCCUGAAAGGUGCUGCGUUAAGGCAAAACCAUUUCUCCGUAAAUAAUGCAACGGUAAACGUUUGGCGAGAUGCGAUGUGCUCCUGCUCCGCGCACACAGCUGGCGAGGGAAACAACAGUGGGUCCGCCGCAGUGCUAAUCGGUCAUUCCGUGUACCGGAUCACUACCGCAAAGCACACGCAAGCUCAAGAAAGUAGUUUCUCGUCCACCGCUCGGAGCGCCGUUAUAACGGGGAGCGCGUUGUAACGCGUCCCCGUUAUAACGGGGAGCGCGUUGUAACGCGUCCCCGUUAUAACGGGGAGCGCGUUGUAACGCGUCCCCGUUAUAACGGGGAGCGCGUUGUAACGCGUCCCCGUUAUAACGGGGAGCGCGUUGUAACGCGUCCCCGUUAUAACGGGGAGCGCGUUGUAACGCGUCCCCGUUAUAACGGGGAGCGCGUUCCGCGUAGUGUCAAAAUCGUUCCCUCGUGGAAGAACAGCGUAGUAGCGAAAACGCGUUAUAGUGUUAACAAGGGCACGUGAAGCGAGGGCUUGCCGUAACGACGAGAAAGUGAAGAGCGGACAAAGCCCCCCCCCCCCUUCUCACUUCUUCUGUUGGGUUGAGAAUCGCUGCAGGAGGGGCUGCGUAAAGAUAGGGAGGUCACCGGUGUUGGGGUUAUUGCUAGCGGGUGGUUGGCUCGUGUGGUUAGUUAGGUUCAGUGCAAGUUGAUUUGGCUAGCAAUGUUCGUGUGUUGAAUUUCUUUCGCGCCGUACGAAGCCAACCGUGCUCAUCGGAGGUGCGGCGGAAGGACAAAAACGAAACACAAAGUAGUUUAAAACUAGAAUUAUGGUUAGAGAUCGUGUUCAGGGCGGGUUUGUUUAAUUGGUUCGGGUUACGGGUCUGGAGUGUGGUUGGCUAAUGUGGUUCGGGCGAGUUUAAUGGUCUGUUGGCGAGUGCGGUUAGUAUUAGAGUGAGGGGGGGGGCUAGUGUUUGCUAGGCUUGCAUAGUUAGGGCUGGGGUUAAAGUGUUUAGUGGACUAGCGUGGUUUAUGGCUCGGGCCGGUGUUUGUCUGACGACGACUACAUGUGGCUACUAUCAGGGGUAGGACUUAGUGGUUAGGGAUGGGCUGGUUGUCAGUAGGCGAAUGGUUCGGGACUAGUGUUUGUUUAGCUAGCUGGUUAGUGUUGAGUUUUCGGCGGUAGGGCCAGGCUGUGGGUUAGCUGUCAAGCGUCACGGCUAUCGCCUGCCCAUUCCCCCCCCCCACUACCAGGUUCUUUUCAAUAUUUUUGCUCGCUUAUCACUCAACUCUCCGUGUCACGAGGGGAGGGGGGGGGGGGCUUCGAGUGUGAACCCUCGGUUCGUGGUCUGCGACGUCGUUGCACUGCUGCUGCUGUAUUUAUAGCAACAACAAAAAACGAGACUCGAAGUUUGCAUGGACCAGACCUGACCUCCCCCCCCCGCACUUUGCACGACGUCGUGCUUUACGACUGCUGUAAACAACUGUAGC